UGGCACCAACAAUCAUCCAUGCGAUUCUCUAAUCAGCCAAUCGUGUGGCAGCAGUGCUGUGCAUAGAAUCAUGCAGAUAUGGGCCAGGAGCUUCAGUUAAUGUUCACAUCAACCAACAGAAUGGGAAAAAAAAUGUGUUCUCAGUGAUUUGGACCGUGGCAUGAUUGUUGGUGCUGGUUUGAGUAUUUCUGUAACUGCUGAUCUCCUGGGAUUUUCACAAACAACAGUCUCUAGAGGUUACUCCGAAUGGUACCAAAAACAAAAAAACAUCCAGUUCUGUGGACAAAAGUGCCUUGUUGAUGAGAGAGGUCAACAGAGAAUGGCCAGACUGGUUUGAAUUGACAAAGUCUACGGUAACUCAGAUAACCGCUCUGUACAAUUGUGGUGAGAAGAUUAUCAUCUCAGAAUGCUAUUCUGAGAUGCAGGUUGACGCUGUUUUGGAGGCAUGAGGGGGACAUACACAAUAUUAGGCAGCUGGUUUUAAUGUUGUGGCUGAUCGGUGUGUGUAUAUAUGUACAGUUGAAGUCAGAAGUUUACACACACCUUAGCCAAAUACGUUUAAACUCAGUUUUUCACAAUUCCUGACAUUUAAUCAUAGAAAACAUUCCUUGUCUUAGGUCAGUUAGGAUCACUACUUUAUUUAAAAAAUGUGAAAUGUCAGAAUAAUAGUAGAGAGAAUGAUAUAUUUGAGCUUUUAUAUCUUUCAUCACUUUCCCAGUGGGUCAGAAGUUUACAUGCACUUUGUUAGUAGUUAGUAGCAUUGCCUUUAAAUUAUUUAACUUGGGUCAAAUGUUUUGGGUAGCCUUCCACAAGCUUCUCACAAUAAGUUGCUGGAAUUUUGGCCCAUUCCUCCAGACAGAACUGGUGUAACUGAGUCACAUUUGUAGGCCUCCUUGCUCGCACACUUUUUCAGUUCUGCCCACAAAUUUUCUAUCGUACUGAGGUCAGGGUUUUGUAAUGGCCACUCCAAUACCUUGACUUUGUUGUCCUUAAGCUAUUUUGCCACAACUUUGGAGGUAUGCUUGAGGUCAUUGUCCAUUUCGAAGACCCAUUUUUGACCGAGCUUUAACUUCCUGGCUGAUGUCUUGAGAUGUUGCUUCAAUAUAUCCACAUAGUUUUCCUUCCUCAUGAUGCCAUCUAUUUUGUGAAGUGCACCAGUCCAUCCUGCAGCAAAGCACCCCCACAACAUGAUGCUGUCACCCCCAUGCUUCACGGUUGGGAUGCUGUUCUUCGGCUUGCAAGCCUCACCUUUUUUCCUCCAAACAUAACAAUGGACAAUAUGGCCAAACAGUUAAUUUUUUGUUUCAUCAGACCAGAGGCCAUUUCUCCAGAAAGUAAGAUCUUUGUCCCCAUGUGCACUUGCAAACUAUAGUCUGGCUUUUUUAUGGUGGUUUUGGAGCAGUGGCUUCUUCCUUGCUGAGCAGACUUUCAGGUUAUGUCGAUAUAGGAUUUGUUUUACUGUGGAUAUAGAUACUUGUCAACCUGUUUCCUCCAGCAUCUUCACAAGGUCCUUUGUUGUUGUUCUUGGUUUGAUAUGCACUUUUUUCACCAAACUACGUUCAUCUCUAGGAGACAGAAUGCGUCUCCUUCCUGAGUGGUAUGAUGGCCGCGUGGUCCCAUGGUGUUUAUACUUGCAUACUAUUGUUUGUACAGAUCAACAUAGUACCUUCAGGCAUUUGGAAAUUGCUCUCAAGGAUGAACCAGACUUGUGGAGGUCCACAAUUUUUUUUUUCUGAGGUCUUGGCUAAUUUCGAUUGAUUUUCCCAUGAUGUCAAGCAAAGAGGCACUGAGUUUGAAGGCAGGCCUUAAAAUACAUCCGCAGGUACACCUCCAAUUCAGUACACCUCCUAUCAGAAGCUAAUUGGUUAAUUGUCUAAAGGCUUGACAUCAUUUUCUGCUUAAAGGCACAGUUAACUUAGUGUAUAUAAACUUCUGACCCACUGGAAUUGUGAUAUAGACAAUUAAAAGUGAAACAAUCUGUCUGUAUACAACUGUUGGAAAAAAUACUCAUGUCAUGCACAAAGAAGAUGUCCUAAAUGACUUGCCAAAACUAUAGUUUGCUAAUAUGAAAUCUGUGGUUAAAAAAUUUGUUUUAAUGACUUCAACCUAAGUGUACGUAAACUUCUGACUUCAACUGGAUAUUCAAUGUUUUUACUAUACGUUCUUAAUAUAGACAGCACAGACAUGUACUAGACUUGAACACUAGAGUCACAGAUGCAUUUAGGACCAAGGAGGUUUAGCUUAUGUGUGGCUGCAUAUAUAAACAGAAAAUAACAUUUGUUAUUUUUUAUGUGCAUUUCCUCAAGCUGCAUGAACAUGUGAGGAUGCUCUUUAAGUGGUACUUAAGAGAGUCGCUGUCCAUUUUUCAGGUUGAAAAAUCUGAAAUGUGACAGUGUUGUGUCACUCGUCAUUGUAACUUCAUUACAUUUUUGCAUAACUUUAUAAAUACCUAUAAUUUACCCCGCUGGGAAAUGUUGACAUUUAUUUUCUUAAAUACUCAAUCAAAUUAACUACAUAAUUAAAUGUAGUUUUGUGAUAAUUUUGUGCAGAAUUAACAAUCUAUGUUUUCACAAAUUAUGUGGGUCGAGGUAGUCUUGCAUCCGUGGUCAGUGAAGACACAUGUUAAUGGACUAGGUAAGCCACUGAGUCCCAAUAAAUGAUCCUGUCAUCCAAAAAGCACGUAUUGUAUCUAACGAGGUUCACCGUGUUGUCAGCGGAAUGCAAAGUAGAGAGCUGGAAGCUGUGCUUCAGGAACAUUCACCAAUCAAGCAAAUGUCUGCUCUUUGCUCUCCAAAGAGAUAACAGCCAAUGUUGCACAUUGUGGUGCAGGCAAGAGUGCUCUUGAGAGUCUGAGAGGAAGAUGAGAAGGUUGUACAAGAGGAGGAAGGUGAAAAAACGUUUUGACAAGCAAAAAUAGACAAUUAAAUUUUUACCCCUAAAUGACCUUAAAUAUAAAAUCUCCAUUCCCUCUGGAUUUGAUUUGUAAAAGAAUCUUGCUGCCACCCUGUACCAAAAUAAAUGUGUGUCAUGUACACAAAUCCGUGUAGGUAAUUUAUUGAUUUAUAACUUAUUAUUUAUUUAGUCAACGAUUUAGCUAUUUUAUUCAUUUAUUUUAACUCUAUAAAUAUAUGUCAUAUAUUAGAUAGCCUAAUUAAAAAUAUAUAGGCUAAUUGACAUGAUAAGUAUACCUAUAUAAUUACAUUCUAUGAUGAUAAAAAGAAACAAUGAAUACUAGUGCAUAAAGUGUAAUAACCUCUUCAGCAUUAAAAACAGAUACCUCUUCACCUUCAACAUUGUCAACAAAGGAAGGACAGAGUUCACCAAAAAUCAUUGCAUCCACAACAGAAAUAUAUUCAACUAGUGUAGAGAAAAAAACUAUCCUGCAGACCCCAACCAUUCUUUCCAUUUCAACCGCAGAAAUACAAUCUGCACCAUCAACAGCAAGUAAUUCUCCAGUAAACUCUCUAUCUUCCUCAUUGUCUCCCACAGAACGUUUAAGUAUGAAAGAAAUUACUACAUCCACAACAGAAAUAUCUUCAGCCACAGCAGAAGAAACAACAAGCCUGCAAACUUCAACCACAAAAAUGCAAUCUACACUUUCAACAUCUGGUACGUCUCCAUCUUCACCAUCGUCUUUCACAGAAGGACAGAGCACAACAGAAUUCACUCCAUCUACAACACAAAUAUCUUCAACUAUUGUAAAAGAAACAAAAAGUCAGCAGACUCCAACCAUUCUUUCAAUUUCAACCACAGAAAUACAAUCUACACCAUCAACAGCAAGUAACUCUCCAUCUUCAUCAUCAUCUCCCACAGAAGGAUUCAGUACGAAAGAAAUUAAUACAUCCACAAAAGAAAUAUCUUCAGCUACAGCAGAAGAAACAACAAGCCUGCAAACUUCAACCACAAAAAAGCAAUCUACACUUUCAACAUCUGUUACAUCUCCUUCUUCACCAUCAUCUUUCACAGAAGGACAGAGUACAACAGAAUUCAAUCCAUCUACAACACAAAUAUCUUCAACUAGUAUAAAAGAAACAAGUCAGCAGACUCCAAACAUUCCUUCCAUUUCAACAACAGACAUACAAUCUACACCAUCAACAGCAAGUAACUCUCCAUCGUCAUCAUCAUCAAUAACAGAAUUGCAGAGUACACCAGAAUUCACUGCGUCCACAACAGAAAUAUUUUUAACUAGUGUAGAAGAAACAACAAACCAGCACACUCCAACCAUUCUUUCAAUUUCAACCACAGAAAUACAAUCUGCACCAUCAACAGCAACUAACUCUCCAACUACUUCAUCGUCUCCCACAGAAGGUUUAAGUACGAAAGAAAUUACUACAUCCACAACAGAAAUAUCAUCAGCUACAGCAGAAGAAACAACAAGCCUGCAAACUUCAACCACAAAAAUGCAAUCUACACUUUCAACAUCUGUAACCUCUAUAUCUUCACCAUCAUCUUUCACAGAAAGACAGAGUACAACAGAAUUCAAUCCAUCUACAACACAAAUAUCUUCAACUAGUAUAAAAGAAACAACAAGCCUGCAAACUUCAACCACAAAAGUGCAAUCUACACUUUCAACAUCUGGUACGUCUCCAUCUUCAUCAUCGUCUUUCACAGAAGGACAGAGAACAACAGAAUUCACUCCAUCUACAACACAAAUAUCUUCAACUAUUGUAAAAGAAACAACAAGUCAGCAGACUCCAACCAUUCCUUCCAUUUCAACCACAGAAAUACAAUCUACACCAUCAACAUAUAAAAGAAACAACAAGCCUGCAAACAUCAACCACAAAAGUGCAAUCUACACUUUCAACAUCUGGUACAUCUCCAUCUUCAUCAUCGUCUUUCACAGAAGGACAGAGUACAACAGAAUUCACUCCAUCUACAACACAAAUAUCUUCAACUAUUGUAAAAGAAACAAAAGGUUUAAGUACGAAAGAAAUUACUAUAUCCACAACAGAAAUAUCUUCAGCUACAGCAGAAGAAACAACAAGCCUGCAAACUUCAACCACAAAAAUGCAAUCUACACUUUCAACAUCUGUAACCUCUAUUUCUUCACCAUCAUCUUUCACAGAAAGCCAGAAAGGACUAAGUACGAAAAAAUUUAUUACAUCCACAACAGAAAUAUCUUCAGCCACAGCAGAAGAAACAACAAGCCUGCAAACUUCAACCACAAAAGUGCAAUCUACACUUUCAACAUCUGGUACAUCUCCAUCUUCAUCAUCGUCUUUCACAGAAGGACAGAGUACAACAGAAUUCACUCCAUCUACAAAACAAAUAUCUUCAACUAUUGUAAAAGAAACAAGUCAGCAGACUCCAACCAUUCCUUCCAUUUCAACCACAGAAAUACAAUCUACACCAUCAACAGCAAGUAA